GAAGUAGUGCGGUAACUUAUGGUUGAUAAUUGUAACGUGAAACGUGGCCUUAAUAAUAAUAAUGCAUUUGAUUUGUAACGCAUGCUUUUAAUAUGUACACCUAAUGCACUUGACAUUUUAAGUGGUAUGCUGUGUGUGCCGUCGCUGUAGCGCCUGAAUAAACACGGGAUGCGUGCAGACGUUGCUUAAUAUCAAUUUCGGGACCAAACAAAGGCAGCUCCCAGCGUGCAGUGGACUGUAACGAAGAACCAUGGUACAAGCUAAAACGUGGAUCCUUCGCCAUCAGUUUGUGGGCUUCCCCAAAGCUAGCGACUUCGAGAUGAAGCUGGAGGAGCUCCCAGAGCCGAAAGACGGAGAAAUGAUCCUGGAAGCAUUGUACCUGAGCGUGGACCCUUACAUGAGGGCUUACAGCCGAGUGAGGAUGAAGGAGGGCGAUGUGAUGAUUGGAAGACAAGUAGCAAAGGUCGUCGUCAGCAAGAACUCCGCUUUCCCUGUGGGUUCUUACGUGGUAGCAAAUUGUGGCUGGCGGUCAUUUGUGCUCUCGGAUGGGACGGAACUUACACCCAUUAUAUCAGACUGGCCAAAAGACAUCCCCUUGUCCUUCGCCCUGGGGGCCAUUGGCAUGCCCGGGCUGACGGCCCUCUAUGGACUGGAGGAGAUAUGCCAGCUGAAGGCAGGAGAGACACUCCUGGUCAAUGCCGCUGCUGGGGCUGUUGGCUCUGUGGUUGGCCAAAUUGGCAAGAUCAAAGGCUGCAGGGUCGUGGGCUGCGCUGGUUCAGAUGCUAAGGUAGCAUACCUGAAGGAGCUUGGGUUUGACCAGGCCUUCAACUACAAGACUGUUAGUUCACUGACGGAAGCUCUGAGGGAGGCGUCACCCGAAGGAUACGACUGCUACUUUGAGAAUGUAGGAGGGGAAUUCUCAAGUGCUGUAAUGCCCCAAAUGAAGCCCUUUGGCAGAAUUGCUGUGUGUGGCAGUAUCUCCUUGUACAAUGACACAGAACCCCAGACUGGGCCAUACAUUCAUGCCCACAUGAUCUUCAAACAGCUGAAGAUGGAAGGAUUUCUCUGCCACAGAUGGUCUUAUAAGAAUGAGGAAUCCUUACGCAGGCUGUUGGCCUGGUUGACAGAGGGGAAGCUACGAUGCCAGGAGCACAUCACGCAGGGGUUUGAGAACAUGCCAGCAGCCUUCAUGGGGAUGCUGCAAGGGGACAACAUUGGGAAGGCCAUCGUUCAGGUGUAAAGGUGAUACAUAAUCCCCAUGUGCAGUCUGGGAUAUUCUAGUAUCUUCAGGGCAAACGACACUCUAUGGCAGUGUUUCCAAGCCCAGUGCUCAGGGACCCUCAGACAGUCUGGUCCAUAGCUGCCCCCUGCUAUCUCACAUUAUCACAUUUGGGUUAAAUGCAGAAAACGCGUUUCGUCGUUGUGUACUGUGUGCUGUAGUGUGUCAAAAAUGACAAAUAAUCACUACAUUUUAAUUCUAAUAAAGCAUAUGUUCUGUCCCGA